AUGAUCAAUCAUGCACAUCGAGACCGAGACGGCCCUUGGAACUUGCCGCAAAGUCAAAGUGACGCUGCGCCAUCGCCAUCGCCCGCCGACGUCGUGCCUUUAGAGCGCCAAAACCAAGUCGCGCCUUCCGGCCGUCCCUCGCGCCUGCUCCGACAGAUGAACGAGCCGCCCCACACUCGUACACAUCGCAUUCGACGAAGACCCGGGCAUGCCCUUGGAGAAGAGGCACCGCGACCCCGAAUGAUCUGGUAUCUUCUCUAUCCGCUGCGUGGUACCACUGAACCACCACGGCUAUCCACCUCGCACCCCAUCCGACGGGCGUUCCAGGCCCACGGCACGGCAACUGCACGGCAUUGGCUGCUCUCCAUCGUCCUGACCAUUACCAUAUCCGUCCUCCUCUGUUACCAGGCGGUUUUCCAGGCCGACAGCUCUGCCGCCGCCGCUCUACGCAACCUCCCCAAGCAUGUCUGGACAUCGACCACCGAGGUCGAGGGCGAGCGACCUGCCGACGUCGUAGUGCGUCAGGUCUGGGUUCAUGGAGACUAUAUGAAUGCAAUUGCCCUACCUGUGUUGCGCGAAGCAAUGCAUGUCCAGGAAGUCCUCAUCAACGGUGGCUUCGAUACAAGAGAAGGCGCUACAUACGACGACCAGCACAUGCUCGCCCGCCAUGGCCCAGGCUGCGUUGUAGCACCACCGGGAGAGAAGUGGGGUUGGCAUUCGCCGUUGCUGUACUGGGACUGCUCUUUGAGCGCGCUGGAGAAGGACUCCGACCUCCUCGGAACCAUCAACGCUCAUGCUCGAAUACGCUCGCCACUCAACGUCACGCUGCGACCGAGCACCGUUUUUGCCGGCAAGUCCUUCUCCAACACCAAGCUUCGCGCCGCAGAUGCAUUGGUCAUCACGCUGUUUGACCAGACCAAUUCGAGCCUGGGAGAUACAUGGGACUCAAGGUCGCGCCUUCUAGCGGAAAAACUAUCUCCGGACUGGACCAUCUUCCCGCCUGAUGGCCAGGUAGGGCGAAGCCGACUCUAUGAAUUCCGUUUCAAGCCAAUGACCCUGAAUGACGACUUGUUCCUCGCGGCAUCCUACAUGGUGACCGCUGCCUAUGUCAUAUGGAGGAUGAUGCAGCUGCGAGCAGUCAAAAGUUGGUUUGGCCUGCUUGUAACGAUAUGUGUCAAGAUGACUAUAUGCGUGAUUGCAAGUUUUACUCUCUGUACCUACCUUGGAAUCGAUUUAGCACGGAUACCCCGGCCAUGGUUUCCUGGAGUUGUUUUUUGUUUCGGUUUAGGAAAUAUAUUUCGUCUGAUUAAUGUCGUCCUAGAGACACCCCCCGAGAUGCCUCCCCAACAGCGAAUCGGAAAUGCGCUAGGAGAAGUCGGCCACUUGUCCCUUGCCAUCGCCUUUCAAAAUCUCGCCCUAUUAUACAUUUUCUUGAGUGUGGACGUGCAAAGAAUGGAGCUUUCGGACUCGCUGGAGCGCGAGGAUCUCAACCAAAGUAAUAAGAAGAACCGGGCAGAACGACAAUCCUGGCUCGGGGCACUGUUUGAGGGUACUCUGCCACUCAGCACGAGAUUUGCCGGGACUGUAGCCAUUUGUUCCAUUAUUCUCGCUAUCAACUGGCACUUUUUCGACAGCGAUGGCAAGCAGCUGUCUCUCGACACACUUCGUCGGAACCUCACGUCCAGAAAACGCAGACGCGCCACUGAUACAUGGAGCCCACCACCAAUCAAUCAGGCUAGGACCCCCGCUGAUUGGCUAAGAAUCCAAGACCACAACACUGCCCGGGAACUCUUUGGCUUUAUCAAGCCCGAUGCUCCGAGUUUUGUAGCUCGUAUACAUGACCCCAUCCUGGUUGUUGCCAAGGGGGCGUGUGGACGCGACCGACCCCAGCCACCGUUGUCUUUCAUGGAUGGGCUCCGACGCUUUGCGCGUGGACAUGCGUUCCCAGUAGCCUUGAUCGUUGUUACCCUUAUUGCGGCUGUAACACUGUUCAUGAACUACCUUCUUUGGAGUGGACUUCCGAAGACUGCUGAAGAGAGCGAAGAGGACGAAGAAGUCACACUGUCGAUCAAGACGUUACCAACGCCGCAGAACCUAGACGUUGUGCACUUGAUUUCCUGUUCAAAAGGCCAUCUUGCUAGUAUAUCUCUUGACAGGAGUACUGCGCUAUGGCUACACGGUCGUGGAGGAUAUCUGCACACUACGCUGCAGACAGCAUCAAUGAAACCAAAGCUUUGGCCCAUUUACGCUACCGCCAUGGAUGACGGUGGCAACAUACUUGCGCUCUGUGCAGAGAGCGGUCAAAUCGGCUUAUGGGAUAUCCCUGCAUCACGUUUCCUCAUGUUUCCAAAAAUCGACAUCCGCGGACAGGCGCCCAUUUUAUUUACCUUUGUCUACCUCAAAACACGCCUGGAUGUUGAAAAGCUCUACCUCAUCAUCGUCAGCCGGGACGGGCAUCUAACGAAGCUCGAAGCACGUACAGGCAUCCACUACACUAGACGCGUAUCAUCCAGUCCCAUCGCCUGUACCGCAACAUACACCUCAGUUCAUGGCGACACAAGCAUUGUUUUUGUGACAAAACCCGGGGAAGUACACAUCUUGCCGCUGACAGAGGACAACAACAUAAUGUCUGAAGUAGUCGCUGGUCUUGACCCGGGGCCACCUCCAGGCAGCAACCCUGCGAAGAUUCGAUGCAUAGAGGCAGUUCCCAGCCUAGGUCUUAUUUUCGCACUGCGUGACGAGGAGGCUGAAAUCUUUGACUUUACUAGUCGAGCUCUCGUGCACGCCUUCCAGAUCGGCCACAUCAAGCCGCAUUCAUUCAGGGUCCUGUAUCCUAUGCGACGAACGUGUCAAUGUGGAGCCCCAACAGUGAACUCCCUUGCUGUGGCAUAUACAGAAUUAGACACCGGCCACAUGAUCAUGCAAAAUUUCUCCCUCGACGACAAUACGUCGUCACAGAUAUGUCUCGGAAAGCCAUUGGACAGGGAGAAGCACCGGUGUCGGGGGCUCGAUCAAGCAAAGGAGGCAGUGCAUUACGUUGAGCCUGCCGGAGUGUGGGAGUCGACGGAUGCACUCAGUGUUGUAGGGGUCAGGAGAUAUGCGCAAUCACCCACACCAUCAUCAACGGCUUCAGGCGCUGACGAUGGUAAUCAAGGUGUUGAUCCAUCCGCGCUUGCAUCGGCGCUCAAGCAGCGAGCUCAGAUUCAAGGCAAUCUGAACCCAUCCAAAUCUCUUGAGACGUCGUUCGCCAAGGGUAAUCAGAGAAGUCACGCUCCUGGCGACGUUGAUACGUGGGAGGCGUGGACACUAUCCAGUACAGGGGAGUUUCGCUGUAGGCCGCUUGUUCCUGAUAACCUCGAUGGCACAACGGAGGGCUCGUACGAAGACGAGCUUUUCGUGGCAGCUCCUGGUCCGAUGACCAGACUAGGCAAGCGCAGCGUCGUGGUAGGGUUCGGCAAUACUGUCAAGGUCAUCACUCUGGGCAAGGAAUCAUUCGAUGGGUUGACAAAUCUGCAGAGCAGCGCUAUGGAUAUUGGCCUUGGAUCAUACAAGUGGAGAGCCCGCAAGGGCACUGGCAGGAAAGUACAAUGA